AUGAAGAGGAAGAUGCUGAAAAAAGACGAUUCUGACACAGAAGAUUCCGAGACGCCUUUCAGUAGCAACAAGCAGGAUUUGAGGCGCAAAGUCCAUUAUGCGCGCGCUAGCGACCCAGACUUCCUAUCUGACCCGCGACCCUACAAGAAGCGCAUUGAGCAUGCCGGCUACCACAGGUCUAUCUUGCAGCGCAACCCUCCGCGAUACGAUCCGGACGGCGAUAUUGUCGAAGUCGACGACGAAUACGAGGACGAGGAGGACGUGGAGCCUGUCGAAGAGAAUCCAUAUGGUAACAUACAGCUGGAGAGUCUUCUUGCGCCGCUCACCUCUGCCGCCGACCUACCCAACCAUCCUGCCCUGAGCGUGGCAUACUCCUCUCGACACCUCACGGAACUCGCGAACGAAGCCGGCGCUCUCUCGCGAAAAGAGCACGUCACCAACGCGCGGGCAAAGACUUUGUUCGUAAAGCUUCAGGGCGACUCUACAUUUGCGCCAGAUGCUCUGUCGGCUAUGGGCAGAGCGCCCUUCCAAGAGUCGUGGAUCGAUGGCGCAAACGGACACGCGGAAGAAGAAGAGCAGCAACAGCAAACUCAUGAUGCUGAAAUGCAGGAUACCUCGGAAAGUCCCCAUGACGUAGACAUGGAGGAUGCAGGUCAGCCAAAUGGCACUAGCCGAGAGACCGAGACCAACGGCGAGAAGGUCAAUGGCGCACAUCCUGUAACAAACGGAACCCACAUUGGGGACGCAGAGCAAGCGCAAGAGAACGGAGAAGGAACACCCGACGAUGCGUCUGAUACCGCGUCGCAACAGACGGCGCAUCGGAUGACGACUCGAAGACGAGCUCAGGCGGCAGCCUCCACCCCUUCCCCACCUCAUUCCCCUUUGAGCGGUGUUGGCGCAAUACAUCCUCACUUUAUACACCCCUCAGACUCACUGCCGGAUCGCGACUUUGGUCUCCCACCCAGCGAGGCCGAGGAAACGCGCAUGCUUCUCAUGGCUUAUGUACAAAAGCAGGAGGAGGUUGCACGCAUAACCUCAGAUCUGUAUCAAGGUCUAUUGCAAGCCGACCGCAUGCGGCAAGAUGUUUAUAAAUGGUCCAAAGCGGAAGCACAUGUAGGAGAAAUGAGCGAUGGCGAGGACUGGUAUGACAAUGAAGAGUGGGGUCUCGAACAGGAUCUUGCCAAGGGCCGGGACGAAGAGGAAGAUGAUACAGCUGUGGCUGGCAAGAAGAGUACAAGACAACGGCGGAAGCCUGACAAGGAUGACCGGUACCCAUCGGAAGACUACAAGACGUCAGUACUCAGUGGCCUGAGUCCGACGAUCAUCAUGGAAUGUGCGAGCCGCGCUUUGGCUUUCCAUAGCUAUCAGACAUCACAAGAAAUCAUAUAUCAAGAGCAUCUCGCGAAGGGCUUGACUGACAAGUACGAUACGCUCAGCCAACAGAUGGAUCAGCUCAUCCAUGAUGCAAAUGCGCAGAUCAAGGCAUUGCAGGACAAGAUGCAGGCUAUGCAAGCCGAACAAGAGGCUCUCGAAACCAAGAACUUUGAACUUGCGAAAGCUUAUAAAGAAAAGACCAUAGCGCAUCAACGAGUCCAGAAUCACUACCAAGCACUGAAAGGGCAGGUCAACUUGACCCACGUAGCCCGGGCCGCUGGUAACGAAGCCGCGCAUACGCUCCAGAAUGCUCGAGGAGAUCGUUUCAUUGACCGUCUUCCCGGCACACGGACGGGAACGGCCAACUAUAGUCAGAUGAACAUGUCCCACCAAGUUGGCGGCGGCAGGAUGCACAACAGGGAUUUCAGCAGGAGUUCUGAGAAUAGUGGACGGCUUCAGCAGAGUAGUAUCCACAUCGGGGCCCCAUUGAAUCCAUCAUUGCAAAGACGGGUUCUAGGUGGCAGGAACAAUAUUGGUCAUUCUGCUCCAGUCGGGACGCCUUCACAAGCCCAUAGAAGUCAACUUCCGGUCCUUGGUGGUUCACGUCAGCCCCCAUAUUUGAGCCAAGAUAUCGAUUCCUCAUACCACAACUCGCCUGUCCCCAGACAGCCUGUUGCCAGUGGUCUUGGUCCGCGAGGCUUGGGCAACUUUUCGCUUGGAGCAACGUCAUCAAGGAGGGCUGGCGGUGCUAACAACAUUGGGCCGCUAGGACGCUAA